AAACACCCCAGAUGAGGACUGCCUGUAAGCAUACCUGGCUUAGCCAUAGAAUCAUAGAAUGGCUUAGGUUGGAGGGGACCUGAAAGACUGAGCUCCACUUCCCUGCAGGGUUGCCAUCCACUGGAGUGCCUCCAGGGAUGGGGCAUCCACCUCUGUGAACAAUCUGUUCCAGUGUUUCACCAGCCUCUGAGUAAAUAAUUUCCACCUAACAUCUAAACCUAAAUCUCCCAUCUUUUAGUUUAAAGCCAUUCCCCUGGUCCUAUUACUAGCAGACCGUAUUAAGAAAUCAGACUUGCUCCUGCUUGUAAGCCCCCUUCAAGUACUGGAAGGCUGAAAAGAGGUCUCCCCACAGCCUUCUCUUCUCCGGGCUGAACAAGCCCAACUCCUUCAGCGUUUCACCACAGAGCAGUUGCCCCAACCCGCUGAGCAUCUUCACGGCCCUGCUGUGGACCUGCUCCAACAGCUCUGCAUCCUUCUUGGGCUGGGGUCCUGGGCCUGGACACAGUACUUCACAGAUUGCCCUGCACCCCGAAAGUCACCCAGGACUCGGCGUGCUUCCCAGAGCCUGCAGGUUCAAUACACUGCCUAAGCACAGCGGGGACACCCCAAGGAAGACUGCAACGGGCCAGAAAUUGCCAGAGGCCCUCAAGCCCCCAAAAUGAGGCGCUUUUCCCUUCAUUUCCAUUGCAGUCCUGCUCUCUCGCAGCCAGGGUGCAUCUCUCUGAGCUGAGGGGAGGACCCACAGCCCCUUCUUGUUUGUGGGGCACAGGGCCAUGAGCAGGGCAGCUGGGGCGGAGAGGAAGAGACACCCUCCGUCUAGAGGCUCCGGCACCACGGUCCACGCAGCCCGCUGGCCCCCGAGGAGUUAAUGGCGGCAGGAAGCCACCCCCUGCCAGCCCUGCCCCGUGACUCGCUUCCUCCUACGGACGGGAACUGGGAGGAGUGAGCGACUCCGGCCCCGCCAGCGCAGCCAGCCGCCGUGACCCGCAGCUUGCGGACGGACGGAGGGACAGACGGACGGACAGCCGCGGCCGCCCCCGUGGGGAGGGACGCCGCAGCCGAACACGGGGCCUGCCCGCCCGCCCUGCACCCCGCCGCGUCGCAGCGCCAAGAUGCCCACCGUCGACAAGCUCCUCCUGGAAGAAGCUCUGCAGGACAGCCCGCAGACUCGCUCUUUGCUCAGUGUCUUUGAGGAAGAUGCAGGAACCCUCACUGAAUACACAAACCAGUUGCUUCAGGCAAUGCAACGAGUCUACGGUGCUCAGAAUGAAAUGUGUCUUGCCACACAGCAGCUUUCGAAGCAGCUCCUUGCCUACGAAAAGCAGCAUUUUGCCUUAGGAAAAGGAGAUGAAGAAGUGAUAUCCACCCUUCAUUACUUUUCCAAAGUUGUGGAUGAGCUCAACGUUCUCCAUUCUGAAUUGGCAAAACAGCUUGCAGAUACAAUGAUUCUCCCAAUCAUACAAUUUCGGGAGAAGGAUCUCACAGAAGUAAGCACGUUGAAGGAUCUUUUUGGCCUUGCCAGCACUGAACAUGACGUGUCCAUGGCAAAGUAUAGCAGGUUACCGAAAAGGAAAGAAAAUGAAAAGCAUAAGGCAGAAGUGGCAAAAGAAGUGGCGAAUGCAAGGAGAAAGCAGCAUCUUUCAUCUCUGCAAUAUUACUGUGCCCUGAAUGCUCUGCAGUACAGGAAGAGAGUGGCAAUGAUGGAACCUAUGCUAGGAUAUACACGAGGACAGAUCAACUUUUUUAAGAAAGGAGCAGAGAUGUUUUCCAAAAGAUUGGACAGCUUUUUGACAUCUGUUUCGGACAUGGUUCAGAGCAUACAGGGAGAGUUGGAUGCAGAAGCUGAGAAAAUGAGGAUAUCCCAGCAGGACUUAAUUUCAGUUAAUGAGUCUGUUUACACCCCAGACUCUGAUGUAACUUCACCUGCUAUCAAUAGGAAUCUCAUCCAGAAGGCUGGCUACCUUAAUCUUAGAAAUAAAACAGGGCUGGUGACUACAACUUGGGAAAGACUGUACUUCUUCACCCAAGGUGGCAACUUGAUGUGUCAGCCGAGGGGCGCGGUAGCUGGAGGAUUGAUUCAGGACCUGGACAACUGCUCUGUUAUGGCUGUGGACUGCGAAGACAGAAGAUACUGCUUUCAGAUCACUACUCCUACAGGCAAAACGGGUAUAACUCUUCAAGCAGAAAGCAGGAAGGAAUACGAGGAGUGGAUAUGUGCCAUCAACAACAUUUCCAGACAGAUCUAUCUCACCGACAAUCCAGAGGCAGCCGCAAUCAAGUUAAAUCAGACAGCCCUACAGGCAGUGACUCCCAUUACUAGCUUUGCCAAAAAACAUGAAGCUCACCAUCCCAGCCAGAAUGUAAAGAAUACAGAUAAUGGUAAAACAACUCCUAGUGAAUCAGCUGGCAUUCAGGACUCCACACAACUUAUUGCUCUUGGAACACCGAUUCAGUUUGAUAUUGUACUGCCUGCCACAGAAUUCCUGGACCAGAACAGAGGUGGCAGGCGUGCAAACCCAUUUGGGGAGUCUGAAGAUGGUAGCAAAGAUGAAGAGGAAGAUUCACUCUUGCAGCAGAUGUUCGUCGUUCGGUUUUUAGGAUCCAUGGCUGUUCAGUCAGACAACACAAGUGAGGUGAUUUAUGAAGCCAUGAGACAAGUGUUAGCUGCUCGUGCGAUCCACAACAUAUUCCGGAUGACUGAGUCUCAUCUCAUGGUCACCAGCAAGAACCUGAGAUUAAUAGAUCCUCAAACACAAGUUACACGAGCCAGCUUUGAACUUGCCACUGUGACUCAGUUUGCUGCUCAUCAGGAUAACAAGAGACUGAUUGGUUUUGUGGUCCACCUCCGUGAGACCCCAGGAGAAGAAUCCAUGAGUGCAUAUGUUUUUGAGAGCAACACAGAAGGAGAAAAGAUCUGCUAUGCCAUUAGCUUGGGAAAAGAAAUUGCAGAGGCCCAGAAGGACCCAGAAGCAUUAGCUCAGCUGAUGAAGUCUGUGCCCUUCACAAACGAUGGGAAGUUUGUGCUGCUGAAUGAUCAAUCGGAAGAGGAUGGAGCCACACGUGAAGAAGGAGAGGAGUCAGAAGCAUGAAGAACUCUUGUUGUUUUCUCCAGCCUGUUUGGAAGCAAGGAGAAGCUGGGAGGCUGUACAAGAAUCUCUGUUUUUAAAUCGUCUGUGCACACGUGAGGCCACAGCUUCUGGCACCUGCUAGAGGGAUGGCAGCAUCUUUGCAGAGGUUCCUCGGGCUUUGUAGUGAACAAAAGCAAAACUUUGGCCUUUGGAAAUCUUUGCAUUUGUGAAUGUGCAGAGGAGGGCCUGGGACACUGGCAUUCUUAGGCAAUGUUCCAGCAUGAGCCCCUUGCUGCUGGCAGCUCAGACAGCACAGCUGUCAGCCACAAAGGGUUAACAUCACUUCCGCAGGCUCACAGGGAGCAGCCUUCACUGCUGCUGGAACGAGCACGAGUUGUAAGCUGUCAGCUCCUUUAGGAAAUGCAUCAGGCCUAACUUCUUCCUGUAGUCAGUUUUUAUAGUUUGCAUGAUUAUGUGCAUCUGAAUGAAGGUUUAAAAUGCACUAUUUACUUUAUUUUCAGAUGAAGUUAUUUUUAGUCUAGUUUUAAGCAUAACAAGAUUUAUCUUUUGUGCUAGCCUAUUUACAGAGCAAUUUGUUAAACACUAAAUUUUUUCCUAUUAAUAUAAUCUAUUUUUAUAUUGCUGGAAUAAGCUUACAAAACAAAUCUAAGUGCCUACUCUUACCUUUAAGGGGACCGCAUUCACAUUCCAUCAUGUAAUAAUGGGCACAACGUACCCCCUUGGUUUACUGCUGUGAGUACAUGCAGACAUCAGAGGCAGUCAGCAGUGGGGCACAGUGGCCAAGUGCGUUUUUUUCUGUGCUUAGGGAUCUUAAUUUUAAGAGAAGUUGUGGAGACAACUUGUAGGACAAGUAAUUUUAUAACAAAGAAUUCUUUGUAUUCUUAACAUGAUGGUGGCAUGCAGCAUUGGAGCCUACCAGCAAUCUUCAGUUUUCAGAAGCUGAGCAAUAAAAUGCUAGAUGAGCAGGCUGCAGCACAUGGACUAGUUUCACUGCACAUUCCUGACAUUAGAAGCCAUACAUACCAGCUAAGAAGUUUAGAUUUUCUUUCUCCUUCCAGCUUAACCUGAAGACAUGAGAAGCUGUACUUGGCAAGAACAAACAAAUAAAUGGGAGUUACUGAAGAAAGAGGUGGGGGAGGCCGUAUGGGACAUGGCUUAUAGUAAUCAAGAUGGAACAAACAGCUGAAAAUUUGCAACUGAAUUUGACUCAUCUCAAGCACUUAAUAGGAAUUUAGGUUUUCUGUAAGCAAUCUGUGCUAGGGCAGAUGGAUGAGUACAGCUUGCAGUGUUUGACAUGUAGUAAAUUCAUUGAGCUGGUUUGCUGACUGUAAGAACCAUGAAAGAAAACUGCUGGUAACCGACACAAGCAUUCCUUCGUCAAUAAAAGUUGGAGCUGUCUUAUUAAAGAAAUUAAA